AGGCUGUUUGUUUCAUCCAUCUGACACUCGACACCAAAGGAUCUCACAGAUCCGCAUGCAAGCUCAAGCCCUCAUUCUGUCCCCCCAUGGUGGACACUCUCUGUGGGACAACUCCUCUAUUUCUGUCUGGUCUCCAGGCCCGGGUCCCGCGGCAUGACUCUGGACAGAUGCUCAAAGACCUGACGGUGGACUACAUAGAGGUUUUUGCUUUGGAUUGUUGUCAAUAGAAAGAGACAGAGAGAGCAGGAUCAGAUCUGCAAGGUCUUUUUUGGGAGCCUUCUGAGGCGUUUACAAAUAAGGCCCAAAUUAUGGAUUAUAAAACUGGAAGGAAAAGAACAAAUUCCAGGAUUUCUUUGUACAGAGGCCAGAAAGAAAACGUUAAAAGAAUCCAAAUAAAAAACCCUGACUCAGGGCGCUAAACUCUGGGUCCUGUAGCUUCAGCAGCAGGCAGAGUGUAUCAUUUCGAGGUCUGUGUUUGCAUGAAUGACUGAACAACUGAGGACAGAGCUCUUUGCUAGCGAACCUGCAUCAUGACCUCAGUUGAGAAGCGCCGCUCAGGCCGAAAGAGUGGCGGGCAUCGAAAGCACAGCGAUGGAGGCUACAGUGACACCUCCAGUGGUGGGUCCUUCCUGGAUGAGACGGACCGUGAGGUCAGCAAUCUGACAGAUCGAGCAUUCAGAAGUCUCUGCAUUGGAGAUGAGGCUGUUUAUAAUGACUCAGACCUCUGCUCGUCUUCUCCCUGCACCCAGAGAGACAGACAGCUGGCCUUUAACCAGAGUGGCCAGGACAGAGAGGACAGAGAGAGGGAGGAACUUAAACGAGCUGCACAUGAGAGCUUUAGCGUCAGGAUGGAGCAGUAUGGACAAGACUGGAUCCAUGGAGGAAUGUAUGGGGCUGAGAUCCAGAGAGAUCCACAGUGGGAGGUGUAUGGGGAAAGGACACCGGGGAGGGUUUCUGCCACAUUCCAGCACUCCUUUGUGGAAACCUCUCAACAGGGGGAAUCUCUGGGUGAAGAACAGCUCUCUUUCCUUAGCAAUGGAGCCACAGAGUUUAAUUCGCAGCAACGCAGAAGCCGCUCCAGAGUUUCCUCUCUGAUCAGAGCUUUUAACUCUGAGGGACAAAGGGACGGAACAGGGACGGAUGGUAAACUCAGAGAGUGGAAUGAUGAGACAAGUUGGGACAAAUCAGCUCUGAUGAGUAUCCAAAGGGAACUUUCUGAGUUCUCUACAUCUUACCAGCAAAACUUUGACAGUGGUCAGUUCCCCUUAGCUGGCUCCUUCUCAUCCCGAGACACCAACUUAUAUUCCUCUAAAGUAGCAGCAGUGUCUCACAUGAAUUCUGAGUCCUCUUUUAUGAGAUCUUCCCACAGUAAACACAGCAUGUCCACUGAGGUGAACAGUAACUCUAACUUCUUUAUACACAGUGAGUUUAGUCCAUUUAAGGUAUGGAGGGACCAUAACAGGUUUCCCUUCCAACAAGGAGAAGUGUCAGGGUUUAUGCAUUGUUCAGAGUUUCCAAAGUGGUAUGAAACACCAAUGUACAGGGAGCUUUCACUGGAGGCCCAACCACAUGGACCUUAUAGGUUUGAGGAGAGGGGUAUCAGACAACCAAGGAAUAACUCAGCCCCUUUCGUUCCUCCCAAUCUUCCACGCUCCACCUCAACAUCCACACUGCUGCAGAAAGCGUGUGCCGUGGAGACGCGUUGUGAGUCAGAGUUGACGGGUCAUUACCCCCACAGGAAGAGGACGCAGAGCCUGGGAGCAAACAGGCUCCCAUCACAACGGCCAUCAACUGCAUCACCUACCAGCGAUAUGUCUCGACGUGUCCAGGACACCAUAAGCUCGGUCAAAGCCCUCCAGCAAAAAAUCAAAAUGAUGACAGAGCAAAAUAUCGCAACAGGGAUGACAGCAAAUCAACAGGGGGGGCUUUGUAGCAAUGAUAAUGUCAUUCCUAUUGGUUACAAUACAACAGUGGCACCAAAUGUUGUCAGCAAUAACACAAGCACGACUCCCUUCAACAUCAGCCAGCUGCUGACACCUUUAGUUCAUGCACAUCAAGAAGCAGAGACAUCAGAGGUCCAGCAGUAUGCAGUUUCCCCUCAACCUGUGGAGCAUGCUCCAGUGCGAGCAGAAAGCAGGGGAGCCACUCCUGUUAUUGGGAUGUCCAGCUACAAGUCCAGAGCCACAAGCCUACUCUUCAAUCUCAAAGACAACAGGAAAAGAGUAAAAAGCACCUACAGUCCUACCAAAUUCAAAGGCUUGGAGACACUGGAGAAAAACAAACAGCCCUCUCUCCAGGAGCCUCGAGAUACUGUGAUAGACAUCCCCAACUUUCCAGAUCCAGACGUUCAAUUUCUCCAGGUAGAGGAAUCCAACAGGACUAAUGCCGCCUCAUAUCAAUAUGCAAACCAGUAUCAUAGCCCCGGAUUGUCACUUACAACACCAAAUUCGCAACCUGCCCAUACAGGUCAAUAUUCAGAUUACACUUUAAGUGAGUACCAGACAGCUCAGAUGCAAAGUGAGAUGGUUCAUCACUCUGGUCUCACUGGCUUCAUACCUGAAAGUUAUGCUAGCAAUCAGCCGGCUAAUGGACAGAAUCUCUAUGAAGACUUAUCGUCAUUUGCUCCCUAUCAGCAAGGCAUGAUAGAUAAUGUAGAAACUCUGGGAGGAGAUGUAUACAGGCUUAAUCCCUCUUAUAGAGCUACAGAAACACCAAAGCUAAAUGCUGACAACAAUCAACACAGAGAAUAUUCAAUAAGUAAGGCAGAUGCUGAGCAACAUUUUAAUGAAACAGUGGGAAGGGAAUUCACAAAGGUGGAUAGAUAUCAGCAGCUCAAAGACAACAAACAUGAUUAUAGUAAUGUGUCCUCACAGGAUAGGUGGAGACCGACAAACAGCCAAGACACAGAACAUCUGAAAGCAGUCUCUCCAUGGAAACAAGAGAUAACUGCUUUAAUAGAAAAAGACCAACAUGCUUACCAAAGAGAAGCCACGAUAACGGAAGAACUAAAUUCACCAACAGACAAAUACAGAGGACAAAAUCAGCAAAGUAUAAACAAAGAACUUGAUAAAAUAGAGUUGAGGGAGAAUUUUGUUGUUGGAACAUCUUCUCAAAAAAGGGCUGAGUUGGUCAAUCCUAACAUUUCAAACCGACUGCCACAAAAUGCUCCAUUUAGUAAUGACACUAUAGAAAAUCCAGCAUAUUAUGGACACCAGCAACCUGGAGCUUUUAUAGACAAAUAUGCACUUCAAAAGUAUUACAAUGAGGAAAAUGAAAUGAAAGAUAAUUAUUUGACACAGAAUUAUAACAAAUGUGCUGAUCAAGAAUACAGAAACCAACACACAUUGUAUUCUAAUAAAGACAAAAGUAUGCUCACGCAAGAAACAGCUCAGAGAAAACAAUAUAUGCCAAUUCCAAAGGUGUAUGAAAUGCAAAGUCUUCAGCCAAUAGAAACUAAACCACAACUUAAUAUGCAGAAACAUUCAUUAUCUAACCCUGGUAAUGCAUUGGCCCCCACAAAGGUAAACCAGGUAGAAGACAGACAGUUUGUUAAAGUUGAGCCUGAACAGGCCAUAGCAGAGCAUAAUAAAGCAAAACAAGCCCAAGCAGAGCUCGCAAAGGCUCAGCACUGGGCUCAAGUGGAGCAGCACAAAGCGGAGUCUGCGAGGUUAAUUUUAGCAGGGCAGACUGGUUCGGAGAAAGUCAAAGCAGAAGAGGCCAAAGCAGAACUAACAGAGCACGAGAGAGUAAACCAGGUUAAAGCAGAACAUAUUAAAAAGGAGAAGAGAAAAGAAGAACAGUCCAGAGAAAUACAACCAGAGUCUGCCAAAGAGGAACAGACAAAGACAGAGCAAAUCAAAGCACAUAAGGUAACUGAAGGGCCUACAAAUAUUACAGAGGAAGUAGGAGCAGAGCACUUGAGACAGGAGCAGGGUGAGCAGGUCAAAGUAAAACAAGCUGAAGCAGAGAGGCUAAAAGAAGAAUACAUAAUGACUGAACUGGCAAACGCCGAGGAGACUAGGCAGGCAAGAUUAGAGCAACCUAAAACUGAACAGGCCAGAAAAGAAAAUAUCCAUACAGAGCAAAUUGUAGAAGAACAGGUUAGAGCAGAUCGAGUUGAAAGGGAGCAAAUGGAGGCAGAACAAAUCAGAACAGAAAAGUUAAAGCCGAACAAGCUGAAGCAGAGCGUAGAAAAACAGAACAAGCAAAACUAGAGCAGAUACAAGAGCAACAAGCUAAAUCAGACCAAGAAAAGACUAAGGUAGUUGAAGGGGGAAAGGUCAAAGCAAACCACAUUCAAGUUGAGGAUAUUAUACAAAAGAAAGCUGAGGAAGAUUCAAUUCCAUUGGGUCGAGAAAAUGCAGAGCAACCUACAACAAAGAUAAGUGAAGCCAAAGAGAGAAAGGCAGAGCAGGCAAAAUUGGAACAAACCAAAGUGGAGAUAGCUAAAGCAGAGCUAACAAAAACAGAGAACAUACAGGAAAAGUCUGCUAAACCCGCAGCAAAACUAACAGUGACACAACAGGUCAAAAGUGAGCCAGAUAGGGUUGAGCAAGUUAGAUCAGAGUUGGCUAAAGCUAAAGCAGAAUUGGCUAAAAUAAAAGAGAAAAUGAAAGGAGAGCAAAAAAAGAUAGUCAGAAAUACAGUUCUCCCAAAAGAAAAUGGGAGUAAGACAGAUGCUCCUUUAAAGGUUAAUAUCAAUACAAAUGAAAAUCAAGACCAGGCAACCGACAUGCAUCAACAGAGGGAAGACUUAGUUGUUAGCAGGCUAUAUUCAGUUCAAGCUAAUAUUGGGGUUGAUGAGUAUGAGCGUCUUAGAGAGAAAUAUGGUUGUGUUGACACAACUUCACCAACCAGAAACCAAGCGUUAGCUGCAGGAAAUUCAAAUGACGUCACUGAAACACCGGUCUUAUUUCUUGAUAAAGUUGAGACAAAGAAUGACGAGAAAUCAAAAGACAAAUAUAGCCCUGCAAGCAGAGUUGCAACAGUCAACACAGAAAAUAAGGAGGAAGGAGGCAGCUUUAAACCCAUUGAGUUGACGGAAAGUCAGUAUGUGUACAGUGAGUCAUCCAAAGAAUUCAAAUUAUCGGAUGGUAAUUGUUUACCUACCAAUCUAGAUAAAAGAGCAAAUAGUGAUACUAUUACUGAUAAAGUAAAGGAUGACAGUGUUGAAAAGUUGGGGAAAUGUGAGCCUCUACAACUUCCACCCCCUGAUAUUUCACAGCAAAGAGAUUCCGAUUUGCCUAAACCGCUCCCCCUUGAAAGAAAACAAAAGUCAACUGAGCACAGUGCAGGUCCAGGUAAAAAUAUACAUUUUAUCCCUCCCAGAGUAUUGUCCCAUAAAGAGAGAACACAGACCAAGCAGGAGAUUCUGACUUCCAAGAUAAAAGCCCAUGCUGAAAAAGAAAUUUCAGCUAUUAAAGAAAAGGGUUUUGCUGUACGAGAUGGGUUUAUAUCCAAAAAUUCUGCCAAGCAUUUAGCAGGUAGUCAGAGUAUUAAUAUACGACAGAGGCCACCAGCACAGGACGUGUCUAAAAAACAUGAAAGCACAAUGUCCAGUAAUAUUACACCAACGCACCAGAUGGAGCCUUCAGUAAAACAGAUGGAACCAUUCAACUCAGUUUCACCUCCCAUCUCUGUUACAAUACCAGUGAAGUCUGCAGCAACCACCAGUCACUUAUUAGACCAUUCACAGACACAAGUUCCCAAAGAACCAAUGAAGUGCAAUGACAAUGUGCCAAAACCACCCAGAGUAACAAAACAUGCAGGAAGUUAUACCAUGACCACACAUGAGGGCAUGGUAGAAAAUCAAGAAGAAAAUAAUCAAUCUGGAAUUAAGCCACCAAUACAAAGUAAAGAGAAGGCACCCAAGAACAAGAAAGCAAAACAGGAAGCAAAUCAAGGAGAAAAUUCAAGACGGAAAAAGGGACAUCAUCUUUCAGUGAACACUGACCAUCUCAACAAGACGAAAGAGGACCCAUCACAAGCUAUAGCUCUGGUUGAAGCUGAAAGCUUCAAACCUAUGACGACACAAAAGACUGACAGUAAACAUGAAGCCGUUCCUGAGGACUCAGCACCUUCACUAAAUCUUGUCUGUGUUCAGAACGAGACUCCAGUAGCUGAUGACAACUUGAAGAUCAUAGGAAUAAUGGUAACUGUACAAGAAAGAAAGCCAUCUAUGGACAACGGUGAGAGGAAUAACAGCACUAAAGAACAAAUUAAUCUAAAAGAGAAAGAGUGCAAAAAUUCAGAGCUAGAUAAAUGUAAUCCCAGUUUAGGUGUGGAAGUAAGUAAUGGAAAUACAUCUUCAAAAGAAGAUAGCACAGUAAAGCCAAAAGAUGGAGUUGUACGGAACACUCAUUUGACAAUGAAGGAAGAACAAACUAAAGUUGGUAUGAAUAAUCAUCACAAAAACAAGCAAGAAACGUCAAUCCUAGAGACAAGACAGAACAAUGUUUUUGAUACAGCCACUGUGAAAAGUACCAAUCUCCAGCAGGAGAGUUCUUCUAUAAAUGCAAGACCCCAAAGGGUAACCCAACUCCAAGAGCCAUUGGCUGAAAAAGAUGCGCCCUCCACCGUCACUGUACUUUCUAAAAAUAAAGUGUUGGCUGAAACUCAACCCCUUCCCUACAAACAGGACAUAAUAGCGAGUGAUACAAAACACCACACGAAUGAAACACCAAAAGAAAACUCAGUAAAGAGCACAAGGAAACAUGCAGUUAAGAAUAAUACUGAAGAGAAAAAUCUGCCAAAAAGUCCAACAGCACAUACCAAAGAGAACUUCAAGGCCAAAGUGGUGAACACAGCAAUCAACUACGCAAAUGAUUCAAACAGCGCUGAUGCUGAAGCUCUGAUAAAACAUGACAUCCAGCCAUCAGUGAAAGAAGAAAUGACAACUGUUAUAUAUCCAUCCAAAAACAGCAACAUAGAUAGUAAGAGUGCACCCCUAGUGGAAGAAAAGAGAUGUGACUCAACACCACUAAAGCCGUCCAACAAAACCAGUCUAUCAAACCAUUUAACUGAGAACGAAGACACCAAAUUAUCUCCAAAAUAUCAGCAUAAAGAGACACACAUCGGAGAAAAUAAUCAAGUUAAUGAUAAUGUGCAUAUAGACAGCAUUGCCAUCAGAGUUGGGGCAGCAGUAACUGAGAAGGACGGCCUGAAAGUGGAAGGAAAACAUCAUGUCACCAGUGUAUCUUCUGAUGUAGUUGCAGCUAAUGAACAUAAACAAGUUGCAUCAUCGAAUCUUGAAGAAAAUGUGAACAUUUUAAGCAAUGAAGUCAGAACCAAAAACCUCACUCUAGCAAGUAGUGAGAAGCCGGUGAAAGACAGUUUGGAAGACACAUUGACAGUACAAAGCGUGUUGUCCAGUGUGAGAAAACUGUCAGAUUCCCUAAGAAUCAGAAGUCAACACACCAACAUAAACGCACCCAGUGACAAUACUCAAGCUGAAAAUGUAAGAGUAAAUGAAGCCGGGAAAUCAGUGGAUGAAUCAAAUGUACAACCAAUGAUGGGAGACUACUUUCAAGUGCAAGGGGUAUCAGAAACAGAUGAUGAACCACACAAUCGUACAAAUGGUGAUACAUCAGAUGCUGGAAGGGAACUUCCAGGAUUGCAACCAAACAAGGCAGCUAUCAGUAAUGAAGGAAACAAUGAAGUCUUUGUGCUGGAUCAAAGUAAAAUGAAAACAAUGGAAUCAAGUUCAGUGACAGUUCAAGGUGAGAACCUAAAAAUUAAAAACAGGGAAACAGAAGAUGACCUGGCUUCAAAACAGAGUGAUGGUCCCACAGAGAGACAGAGUAAUAACAGUGAGAAGAUAGAGGCCGGUCAAGCUGUUCACAUCAGAAAACAUCACACAGAGAACCAGUCCAGUUUAUCAGCAAGGGAAAGACAUUGCUCAACAAAGGAAAAUAUGGUUAAAGAAAAACUUGAAGUUAAACCAAAGCCAAAAGAAAGGGUAUCCACAAUACCUGAUAUAUCAGCAAUUGCAGACUAUGCCAGAUUAAAAGUAAUUGUUUCAGAAGACGAGGCAAACCCAAUUCAGGAAUUCCCACCCAACAAAAAGGAGGGAUUCUUUCCAAUAAUACAGAGUCGUCAUAGCAGACGUCCAGUGUUUACUGUUGACCCACAAGACAUCUCUGUGAAAGAGAAAAAAUUGCCAAAAAAGACAGAGGCCAACUCCAAAGUGAACAAAGAGCCUAAACUUUUAGUAUUUCCCAUUACGGAGAAAGAACACCAAAGGACUGGGAUGUUCAAACUGGGAGACAGAGAAAGACAAGAGAAAAUGCUUUUAGAUGCCAAGGUCAAUGAAGGUGCAUUAGACAAUGGGGCAAAACAUGCACAACAUCUCAAAGAGAGAACCAAGUCACCAUCAACUCAUCUUAAGAACCAGGGAAGUGAAGAACAAAUAGCAGGAACUGACACCCAAAGAGUUUGUCAAGUAGAACAAAUUAUUCAUCAGACAAACAAACCUCCCUUGCAAGCAGCAACUUCAUCUUCUUCAGUAAACAUGCCAAGAAGCACAUCUGUGUCCCAACACCUAAAGCCAACUGAUAACUCUUAUCCACAUGAAAAACGUAUUGGAGAAGUGUACAACAUAGAGAAAAUAAUACAUGAGAAGAAGAUUGGGGAAGAGAGAACAGAAAAAACAAAACAAGAAAGGCUUGCAACUCUGCAUAAAGAAACUGAAGCACAACAGCAGAGAAGAGCAAGACAGUUUGAGGAAAAACAAGCCUCUCGGAUAGAAGACGUGAGAGUUAAAAAUAUGAUAGAGGAGAAUAGAGCUUCUCUGGCUGAAGAAGAGAGGAGAACUGCUCAGAGAGAAGAGGAGAGGAGAACAAGAGAGCGGGAGGCCAUUGCUUUUAAGAUCAAGGAGAGGCGGGAAAAACAGAGAGCAGCAUUA